AUGCUUGCUAUUGUUCUACGCGAGAAACAUGACGAGUGCGCUCAGUUGUGCGUCGCUCGUGAGCGCGUCCAAGUGCGGUCAUAUGGCGGCGAGCCAGUGCGCCAUGCGCAGCAGGCUGUGGCGGUCGAGGCGGGGGCGGGCGGAGCGGGCGCGGGCGGGGCGGGAGGUCGCGCGGGACGCGGGCGGGCGGCGCGCGGGGCGGCGGCGCAGCGCCCGCCGCUCCUGCUCCAGUUGCGCCUUCGCUGUGAACAGCGCGACUGUUUUAAU